UCCAACUAUGGCAAUCUCAUCCAUAUGAACAUAUAUGUAUUGUAAUAUGCAUUACAUAAUAGACAAAUCUGUAUGCCUGUGACGUGGAGGUUGAUAUGAAAUGUUAUAAUAUUUUAUGAAGGGACCUGUGAGACGGGCCAGGAAGGUGGAGGGAGGCAUAUUCUUUCCCAAACCAGAGAAUGCGGUCACCAUUGCUGUGUCAUCGCGGGUUCUGUUCCGUACAGAGAAAGAGCAGAAGGUGUUUGAGCAGAAAGGAAUAGAGGAGUACCUCAGGUAUCAGGUGGAGCACGAAAAUGAGCCCUUUGCUCCAGGCCCAGCAUUCCCAUUUGUUAAGGCACUGGAGACAGUAAAUAACCGGUUGCGGGAGCUCUAUCCAGACAGCGAGGAGCUUUUUGAUAUUGUGCUGGUAACCUACAACCAUGCUCAUGUAGGCAUCAGACUCAUCAACACCAUCAACUACCACAAUCUAUUCAUUGAGCGGUUCUGUAUGACAGGAGGUAGCAGCCCCAUUGGGUACCUGAAAGCAUGGCAUACAAACUUGUAUUUGUCUGCUGAUGCUGAAAAAGUUCAGGAAGCCCUCGCUGAAGGGAUUGCAGCAGCCACCAUGUUUAUGCCAGAAAAACAAAUCGAGGUGUCUGAGACCCAGCUGAGAGUGGCAUUUGAUGGCGACGCUGUUCUUUUCUCUGAUGAGUCCGAGCGUAUUUUUAAAGCCCAUGGCCUGGACAAGUUCUUCGAGCAUGAGAGGGAAAAUGAAAACAGAUUGUUAGAUCAUGGGCCACUGAAGGGUUUCCUGGAAGUGCUUGGGAAGCUUCAGAAGAAAUUCUACGCUAAAGGCCACCGUAUGGACUGUCCCAUCCGCACCUACCUCGUGACGGCCCGCAGCGCAGCCAGCUCAGGCAUCCGUGCCUUAAAGACUCUCCGUGCUUGGGGACUGGAGAUGGAUGAGGCUCUUUUCCUGGCCGGGGCACCAAAAGGCCCCAUGCUGGAGAAAAUCCGGCCCCACAUCUACUUUGAUGACCAGAUGUUUCAUGUGGAGGGUGCUGUAGAGAUGGGUGCCAUUGCCGCCCAUGUGCCCUAUGGGAUUGCACAGAAAUACCCUCAUAAAAAAAGCACCAAUGCAGGAAAAUAACAAAGGCGAAUUGGGAAAAUAUAAAGAGGCGCAUUAUGUUCUUAUUUUGGAAGCGACGUUCAAGUUGCAGAUAUCUUUAUUUUGUAAACUCGGUUGUGCACUCAUUGGAUCAGGACCUCAGCAUUCUCUUGGCCUUUUUCUGUGACCUAUGCAAGGACACACACAAUAUUUAACCAGCUAAAGAUUCAACCCAGUAUUGUUCUUCUGCACACUGCCUCAACAUCAGUAAUUCUGUACGAAUUCAUUAUGAAUGAAAGCACUGCAAUGAAUGGUCAUUUUCAUCUAAGCUUACGUUUCUUAGUGAUGGUUUGUCGAAAUAUACAUGACAUCAACUUACUGUUAAAAUGGAAUGUGUGCUGCUAUUCAUACAGUGGGGAAAAAAAGUAUUUAGUUAGCCACCAAUUGUGCAAGUUCUC